AUGAUGAUGCCACAGAAGACCGACUUGAAGGCCUUUAAGGGCUUUGGCUUUGGCGCCAAGCCCGCCGGCAGCGGGUCGAAACCCGCGGCAGCGGGAGUGAGCAAGCCAGGCAAGGCCCAGGGUAAGGGGCCCGGUGUCGCGGCGAUCUUUCAAGAAAGCCUGGAACGAGAGGAGAAGGACAAGAAGAUCUCGUUUCCAUCGUGGGCGAAGAUUACUCCCGAAGCAGCACAGGCCCAACGUCAGGCUGAGAGGCUGCAAGAGGAGGACCCUACUGUCUUCCAGUACGACGAGAUUCUGGACGACAUUAAGGAGGAGCAAGGGGUGGAGGGCAUCAGUGAUCGCAUCCGUGCGGACACGACGCAGCAGAAGAAGCGCGUUGGUCUCCAUGUACCGCAGGGCGCAGAUUCUGUGAAAACCGGCGCCAAGCGCUCUGCAAAGUAUGUGGAGAAAGUCCAGAUAGCCACGGAUCGGAGGAAAGUGGAGCAGCAGAUCGUGGAAGAUCGGCUCCUAAAGAAAGAGAAGGAGGCGCGACAAGAUGCUGAAGUCUUCGUCACCGAGGGCUUCAAAGAGGAGCUCAAGAGAAGAAAGAAGUUUGAGGAUGAGUUGGAGGCACAAGAGGAGCGGGAUCAGAAGAACGCAGCUGAGAAGCAGGAGCACGGAAGCGGCUUCGCAUCGAUGUACCGCAACUUGCUCAACACCGGGCUGGCCAGCAGUCGAGGUGGUGAGAAGGUGCGCGAGAUGCGUCCGGCGAGGGAAGAUGCCGAGGAGAUGAAGGAGGAGAUGAAAGAGGCCAAGGAAGAGGACGAGGACAAGAUCAAAGCUGAGCUUGCCCCACUCGUCGAGAAGGAUGAGUUGGCCGAAGCUGCAAGCAGCAGCCACGGUGUGCAGGACGUUGCAUUUACUGCCGCGCCCGGCAGCAAGGAGGAGGAGAAGGAGAAGCGAGAGGAGAAGGCGCUCAGCGCGAAGGAGAGGUACAUGCUUCGGAAAAAAGGCCUGCUCCCUGCCGAAGGAGAAGGAUGA